AUGAAAGUCCAUUAUAUUGAUAUUUUGUUAUUAAAACUUAUACUAAAUAUUUUGACUCAUAAUCACAGGAACCAUGAGAUCAUAUCCAAUAUACAAACCACCAGGCUAUUAUGCGAGUGCGACAUAUAUACGUCCAUUUAUGAUAAUGACCCCGAAAUGAAAUUAGUGAUUCAACAAUUUAAUAAUCGCACGGCACAACGUUUUAAAGAAUAUGACGAACGCGUGAUCCAAAACAGACAAAAAUGUAAAGAACAGUGCAAUAAAGAUAUCCAAGAAAUUAUUUUAAAAGAUAAAAUCGAAAAAGAAUUAAAGGACAAAAUAAGUGCAUUGGAAACAAAUAUAAGUACUGAAGAUAUACCUACAUGUGUGUGCGAGAAAUCGAUGGCUAACAAAACAGAGAAAUUUUGUCUGAAUUGUGGGAAAAAUAUGGGAGCAAUUGCGCCCUGGUGGAGUUUGGUAUGUGGUGUAGGGUAUGCGGGAUGGACGCAUUAUACUGCUACUACUCUUGUUAAAAUUGCUACAGAGGCGGGUAUUAAAAAAGGUAUAGAAGUAGGUUUGGCUAAAGUCACAGAAAUAAUAAAAAAUAUAAUAUUUAACCUUACACCUGAUCAAAUACCUCCAAUUACCGUUGGAGAAGUGAUGACUGCGGGGAACUUUUCUGAUGGAGUAACACUUCAUGGUAUAGUUAAAGCUCUACAUAGUCCUAUGUUCGCGAAAUAUGAUGACGGGUCGACUGCUUUAUUUUCCACUUACGUACAAAAUUUUGUUAAAAAUCCUCGACUUCUUAAUCAAUAUGGCACGGAGUCAACAGCAAUUGCAAAUGCCUUUACUCAAGGUAAAGUUGAAGCAGAAAGUGCAGCAGCCUCUACAACUAGUAUAUUACAUACAACUAUUAUUGCUUCCGUUGUUGCAAUAGUAGUUAUAGUUUUGGUUAUGCUUAUAAUUUAUUUGAUUUUACGUUAUCGAAAAAAAAACAAAAUGAAGAAGAAAUUACAAUACAUAAAAUUAUUAAAGGAUUAA